AAAAGAACAGCGAAUCAUGUACACAUAUAAAGGCCUUAAAGAAUUUUAUGAAGUUCUGUUAAGAAGGAAAAAACCAGUGAUGCACCUGAAUCAGUAAAACUAUAAAUGCAAAACUUGAGAUUAGAAGUAUUAAUGGUAGAGCUGAGGAAUUUUAUGAUUAGAAAAUAUGAGUUUUGCUAGCAUAGAAGAGACAAGAAAGGUCAGUUUAAUCCGGAGAGGAUGGUUAUUAUUAAUAUGAAUGCUAGUUUUACAAAUAGAUUAUUUCUUGUUGGUCAAAAUGAUUUGGUUUGCUUUAUUUAUUUAUAGAAACAAAAUGCAAACCAUUCUCCUGUUUUUGUAACUCUGUUCUUGUUUGAGGCUUGGGCAUUCUGUGCUGCUAUGAUAGCUUUUUUAAUCCUUGAUUUUCCUGUGUAGCUCUAGCAAACCUGGAGUGUUUGCAUAGCAUUUGAUAAUGGCCAUUGGCAGUCUCAAAAGAACCCCACAGCAAUGACCACAACAAAUUGCAUCAGGUUCAUUGAACCCAGUGGUACAAUAUGGGUGAAAGGUAUAGAUGGAAUGAUAUCUCUUUGAAUGGGGUUUUAGAUGGACUUAUUCUGGAAACAAAUUCUAUUCCCUGCAACUGGAAUAAAUUCAGAAUUAAUUUUUAGAAAAUAUCAUUACUCAAACUAGAAAGAAUUACUCGUAUGGUUUUACCUAAAAAAUGGUCAAAAAUACAUCAUUCUGAAAUUAAAAGAAAGCAUGAGGCGGUUUAAGUCUUCAAAAUUUACUUGUCUCUGAAGAAAAGGAGGAACCGACUCCAAAAUAAGAACUUACUAGAAAAAACUCCAAAGCAAAAUAAAAAAGUAAGGUACUUGUUGAUGAAAGAUUUAGAAACUUACCUAAAAUACAAAAACUCUACACUCCUUUUGUGAUGCCAUCUUGUACAAAAGCCUGAAUACCUGUCGAUAGGAGUGUUUGGAAACAUUCCCAAAAUACAAAAUUGUAACUCCUGUUAUAAAUUCCAUUCAUCUUUUCAAAUCCUUUUCUGCCCCAAACCAGCAUCAGAGAAGAAAGGCUAUUCUUCUGUUUCAACCAUGGAAACAGAACAGCUAGCUAUUGAAUAUGGCUACAAGGCCAAGCCUUCAGCUCUCUUGAACACCAUCUUCACUUGGACGGUGAACACUGCUGCUAAGACACUUCUCUCGGUGGCAUCAAAUUCAAAAACUGGACAUACAGAGAAGUGGAAGCCUACUGAUCAUCUGAAAUUCAUGGUCAUGCUAAUGACUUGGUUCACUGUCUGGGUUCUUAGGGUUUUGAUGGAUCAUUUCCCUUCCUCCUUAGCCCCCUCUCCUUAUUAUCUCCCGGGAGUUUCGUCACCCAUUGGACUACUUGACUUAAUGCCAUCGUCAUCAUCGUUGUCACCAUCUUCGUCAUCUUCUUUGGAUUUGGUUCUGUAUGAAGGAUCUGAUGAACCAUCCAUUAAAGCCCUUGGAAGAGCUCUCUCACAUAUUUUUACACUCCUGAAUGAGAUCCCAGCUUCAUCAAGGAAAUACCAGUUUGCAGUGGCUAUGGCAGACAGGAUUGUGGAUGAGAAUUCCAGGGAUGGGCAUGUGGAACUACUUCAUAUAAACCGUACAAUUUUAGCAUCUGCAUUUGCGCGUACAACAGGUCUUCUUUAUCGUUCACUCCAAAGACAAGAAGCAGCAGGGGAUGAUAGGAUUGCAUGGCCUUCCCGCAUCAUCAAGGCACUCCCACUCGGCUCCUACCUUACCUUCUACGUAAAAGGGCUCAGUCACUGUGUCAGCACCAUCUUCCCUUCUCUGGGCACGUCUCAAUCGGAGAAGAAGCAGCAACUGGCUAUGGGAGGUGGAGAAGAGGAGAUAAUGGCGGAGAAGUUGGCUCAGGAGUUGCUGUGGAUAAUGGACAAGCUGAGGGGUUGUGGGGCAGUCGACGAAGCGCUGAUGCAGUGGAGCUUUGCCUCCGGCCUGGCCUCCUUUUCUCUCACUGCUAAUCCAAGGGUCCAAGGUUCCAUCGUCAAGAUCUCGGCAAUAUUAGUUGAAGAGCUCAGUCGAGUAGACUUUGAAGUUCCAAGGCAGGUGAAGUUCAGGCUGAUCGGGCUUUGGCUUCCACUGUUCUGCUUCGCAGGCAACGGGCUUGCGUUUCCUUUCUUGACAGGCUAUGAGAAGGCAGAAACGGAGAGAGCCCUGGACAGAGUGAUUUCGACCUUGCCCGCAACUGACCAAGAAGUGAUCCUCACCAACUGGCUACAAGACUUCACCAUUUCAGCCUCAGACUGGCCAAAUCUCCAGGUAUCUUAUGACCGAUGGUGCCGUUCAACUCGAAAGCUUGCUGCAUAAACUUGCACGUAUACACGUAUACAAAUACGUAGCUUGUGUACAAUGCCUACAAUCGACUGCAGGCUUAUAUACCACUCUAGUAUAAUUAGUUACUUUACCUUGUUUUACUUGGUAGUAGUAUAUAUUGGAGAUUAUGAAGUAAAGGGCUCACACUACAAGGGGAAUUACAUCCAUGGUAUGCUUGUCUAUGGAAUGUUGGUCGCCCUAUCUAUCAUCCUGGUAUAUUUAUGUGUAGAAUGUGUUUUUAUGGUGGAUGUUUCGUUCCUAUUAUAACGGUUUUAGCUUGUAGCGUUGUCUUUUUAGCUCUUCCAUAAGAAUUGCAUCUACGGAUAAUCAGUUGGUGUUUUGAUAUAACUAAUAUGGGAUUUUCUUUGGA